UCUAUUUUCAAAAGGAACUGCCCAGACCAAUGGUAAAAAUAUUCGUCUGGUGGGUGGACGCAACCAAUAUGAAGGGCGAGUCGAGAUCUUUCUGGAAGAUGUGUGGUCGACUGUGUGUGACGAUUACUUUAAUGCCGGAACAGCAAAUGUACUGUGUAGAAUGCUUGGAUUCGCCUCGGCCACUACGCAUUACUGUUGCGCAAAAUUCGGCGAAGGAUCGUCAGAACGAAAAUUAAAGGUAUACUGUGAGGGGAAUGAGGCUAAUAUCACGGACUGUGACCAUUACUUUGCAUCGGAGCCAGUUGACCCGGUUUAUUCUUCCGACUCGAGGUACUAUUGUGAGCAUAAUGAAGACGUUGGUCUGGAGUGCGACCCGGGAACCGCUUGGAACAACCCUCAUGACAUUCGACUAGUUGGUGGUGCAACUCCAUUCGAGGGGCGGGUUGAGAUUUACUACGAGGACGCUUGGACGACGGUAUGCGACGAAGGGAUCCGCAAUGAAGAGGCCAACGUCCUUUGUCAGAUGCUGGGGCACAUAGGGGCCAGCAGCUUCCACUGCUGCGGGGCAUUUGGUCGAGGGGCUUCGGAAAAUAUGAUACGGGAUGUGCGAUGUGAAGGGAAUGAAGCGAAUAUCACGGAUUGCAAAUUUGACCAUGGUGUGGAACAACCGGGUUACUCCUCUUCAGAUUAUAGAGGGGUUUACUGUGAUCAUUCUGAUGAUCUGGGACUAGUGUGCAUACCAGCUGAUAUUCGUAUUCAUGAUGGAUCAAAGCGUCCUGGUCACCAAAAGGGCAGAGUGGAACUGGCACAGAACCUCCAAUGGAAGGCUUUCUGUGCCGAAUCCAUGGACUUUAACCUUGCCAUCGUCCUUUGCCGGAUGCUUGGAGAACAUACAGCUAAAUCCUUCUAUGAUAUCGAGUUGUUGGACCAUGAAGAGGCCGCUGUCCUUAACAUCACUUAUUCGUGCCAGGGAACAGAAAACAACGUCGGUGACUGCGAGCAACAGAACAGGACCAUUCUUAAUUGCAGUCGGGAACGAUGGGUGUCAGGGAUCACGUGCGUCAGUUUGCCAGUCCGCCUCGUCUCUAGAAAUAAUGAUGAGGGAAGAGUUGAAGUAUACCAUGGAAUAUCUUGGUCUGCUAUCUCCUAUUCCUCCUGGAACUCCCGCGCUGCCGAUGUUGUCUGUCGCAUGCUCGGCUACGCCGGCGCUACUGCAGCGUACCGGGAUGAAGAACUGUAUGAAGCGCCCUCUGUGAAUGUUCUGUUGGAGAGAGUCAUCUGUAACGGAACAGAAAUAAAUAUUGCCCAUUGCAACAUGUCGGAGUUUGGGAGGUUGACUUACAGCCCAGACGGAUAUGCAGCCGCAAGGUGUCAAGGAGAGAUGGAUGUCCCAAUCAGACUACAAGGAAGCGAAGACACAAAUUCGGGAAGGGUCGAAAUAUUCUACUACGGAUCUUGGGGUACAAUCUGCGCAACUGGCGACCUAAUUAGGACGACCGGAAAUGAGCACUACGCCAUGAACAUCGCAAACGUCCUUUGUAGGAUGCUUGGGUUCCCGAGGGCGUUGUCCUACGAGUGCUGCGGUCAGUACGGACAUGGGACCGGAGGAAUCUACCUGGACACCCUUAAAUGCAGUGGCAAGGAAGCCAACGUUCUGGAAUGCCCAAAGAGCGACCAAGGAUUGCACAGGAGAUGCAACCACUUUAUGGACCUCGGAGUCACUUGCCAGCCAAAAGUUGACUAUCGCAUCCGGCUUCUUGGUGGACCAUCCCCACUGGAGGGCAGGGUUGAAGUGAAGUCAGACGCCUCUGGCACUUGGGGGACAGUGUGCGACGACAACUGGGAUUUGACAGACUCCAACGUAGUCUGCAGGAUGCUCGGCUAUGAGCGGGCGGAAAGCUACUCCUGCGGUCUGUAUGAGAAGACGUCCAAACGUAGACCUAUCCUCCUUGACGAGGUCGAAUGUGAUGGGACAGAGACGAACAUCGGACAUUGCAGAGUUCAUUAUCGGCAUGAUUGCUCACAUGACGAGGACGUCGAAGUGAAAUGUGUCGACUGGACUACAUCCGCGUCUUCAACCCAAAGUAACACAAAGAAAAUAACAGAUACUGGCGAGAAUUUGGCAAGGAACAGUGAAGUCACGAGUAGUGCGAUGCCGCCUUGGACCGUGCCAACAAAAAGAACAUUCGGGCGAUUCCAUACGUUUCGUAUGGGACAGUUUGAGAACAAUUUAUAG